AUGUAUUCCCGCGAACAGUUCAUGAACCCUGGUCCCGCACCGCGACCACCCACAGAUCGUCCCCGCCUCGCCCUUACCCCAAACACCAGCAGCACGCUGCCAGGCAACAUGGCUGGCCUAAGUAUGCAGUCGCCCGGCAUGAACAACGGCUCUCAAAUGUCCCUUGUUCGCACACAGACCGAAAGAAGCGGCUCGUCCACGUCCACGGUCAAAGAAGGCAUGGUCAAGGUCAAGGACGAAGGCCUGUUCAAAUCCUUCGUCUGGGCAGACCGCUGGCUGGUGCUGCGCGAGUUUGAGCUCAAUUUCUUCAAGAGCCCAAACGCCUCAAAGGUAUCCAACUCCAUUCAGCUACGAGACAUUCUGGGUGUCGAGCGAUCCGACACACAGCCCCUGUCUUUUGAAAUCACCCGCGCACUCAACCCCAGCAAAGGCUCAUCGCCACCCCGCGAUGGUCCCACAAAGAUCAUUACAUGCAAAGUUGAGACCGAUGAUGAAGUUUACUCGUGGAUCGAUAGCAUCUACCAGCGAUGUCCUAGCAUGGGUGGCGUCAGCAACCCCACAAAUUUCACGCAUAGAGUACACGUAGGCUUCGAUCCAAACAGCGGUGCUUUCGUUGGCCUGCCUGUCGAAUGGGAAAAGCUGCUCACCGCAUCUGCACUUACCAAAGAUGACUACGCAAAGAACCCAAAGGCCGUUCUCGAGGUCCUCGAGUUUUACACCGAGAAGCUUGUCAAGCGAUCAGAAGACCCCCAACAAUAUCCAAGCCUUACACCCACCCCGCCAGGCAGUGCCGGAAUGGACAAGCAGCUGGGCUAUUCAGGCGGCGGAAAUUCCGUUGCACCUCCACGCCCUGCUCCCCCUGGUGGUUACCCACGCAAGGAUAGCUACAGCUCCAGUCGCCAGAACACGCCGCCUCAGCAAGGCUAUUCCAGUCAACAAAACUCUGCCUCACAGCAACAGCAGCAGCAACAGGACCGCUAUGACCAGGAGAGGAGACGACAGGAAGAACAGGCAAGGAUGCAGCGCGAACGUGAGCGACAGAGACAACAGGAUUACGAGCGUGAGCGCGAGGAGCUGGCUGCGUACAAUGCUUCGCUACCGCAGAAAAAGGUUCCAUUGGCCCAACAAGAAAUCGGUGGAGGCAGCUACGAUGCACGCGACACAAGCCCUUCAGGCCAACGAUACAACCCCAGUCGUCCUGCGCCAUCAACUCCAGGUUCGGCGAGGAACCAGCAGCAAUCACAGCAGCCUCCAGGUUCAUUGCGCCAGAUGGCUGCACAGCGUCCAGCUCCCCCAGCUCCUCAACAACAAAACGGCAACUAUAGCUCUUCUCCUUCAAAGUCAUCUUCUCAACAGCGCCCGCCCGUUCAGCCCAACAGCAGCUACAAGGGUUCAAGCGGACAGGUCCCUCGCACCAACAACGGCCAGCAGCAGCAGCAACAGCAGCAAAAGCAAUACCAGGGCUCAUCUGCUGCUCCAAAGCCAUUGAAUGUUGCUAAGCCUGCCGCUCCCGUCAGCGAUGCUGUCAAGAAGGCUGAACAGGCCCUCACAGCCAAGCCCAAGGAUGAGCCCCAACGCAAAGACGUGCGCAUGUCGAGCAUGUCGGAGAGCGAGGUCAUGGCCAAACUCCGCGAAGUCGUGUCCAAGGAAAGGCCCCUGGAUUCGUACAACAAGCAGAAGAAGAUUGGCCAGGGUGCUAGUGGCUCUGUCUACGUAGCUCGCAUCCGUGAAGGCGCCACGUCACCAAUGGCCAGGAGGGUCAUGCAGGAAAACGGACCACGUGCUCAGGUUGCUAUUAAGCAGAUGGACCUCCGUAAUCAGCCCCGCAAGGAGCUGAUUGUGAAUGAGAUCAUUGUCAUGAAGGACAGCAAGCAUCCCAACAUUGUCAACUUCUUGGAUGCUUUCCUGCAAGAAGAGCAGUCCGAACUUUGGGUCGUCAUGGAGUUUAUGGAGGGAGGUGCCUUGACUGACAUUAUUGACAACAACCCUUCCAUCAGCGAAGACCAGAUUGCCACCAUUUGCUUCGAGACUUGCAAGGGUCUUGAAUAUCUCCACAACUUGAACAUUAUUCACCGAGACAUCAAGAGUGAUAACGUCUUGCUCGAUGGCCGUGGUAAUGUCAAGAUUACGGAUUUUGGAUUUAGCGCCAAGCUCACUGAGCAACGUAGCAAGCGUGCAACCAUGGUCGGAACUCCAUACUGGAUGGCACCCGAGGUCGUCAAGCAAAAAGAAUACGGCAACAAGGUCGAUAUCUGGUCUUUGGGUAUCAUGGCUAUCGAGAUGAUCGAGUCCGAGCCGCCAUAUCUCAACGAGGAGCCCCUCAAGGCCCUGUAUCUCAUUGCCACCAACGGUACCCCUCGUCUUAAGAAGCCAGACAAGCUUUCCAAGGAGCUCAAGGCAUUCCUGUCGGUCUGUCUCUGUGUUGACGUCAAAUCGCGAGCUAGUGCAUCCGAGUUGAUCAGCCAUGACUUCCUCAAGAGUGGAUGCAGCUUGGCGAGCUUGUCUCAGCUGCUUAAUUUUAGGAAGAACGGAGGCCACUAA